AUGUCAAGGCUGCCAGGAGGUCGAGAGUGCCAGGAGGUCGAGAGUGCCAGGAGGUCAAGGUGCCAGGAGGUCAAGGGUGCCAGGAGGUCGAGGUGCCAGGAGGUUAAGGGUGCCAGGAGGUCGAGGUCCGGGAGGUUAAGGGUGCCAGGAGGUCGAGGGUGCCAGGAGGUCGAAAGUACUAGGAGGUCAAGGCUGCCAGGAGGUCGAGGUGCCAGGAGGUCGAAGGUGCCAGGAGGUCAUGGGUGCCAGGGUGAAGAGGUGCCAGGAGGUCGGGGAGCCAGGAGGUCAAGGUUGCCAGGAGGUCAGGGUGCCAGGAGGUCGAGGUGCCAGGAGGUCAAGGGGUGUCAGGAGGUCGAGGUGCCAGAAGGUCAAGAGCCCGGGAGGUCGAGGGUGCCAGGAGGACGAGGGUGCCAGGAGGACAGGGUGCCAGGAGGUCAAAGGUGCCAGGAGGUCGAGGUGCCAGGAGGUCAGGGUGCCAGGAGGUCAACAGUGCCAGGAGGUCGAGGUGCCAGGAGGUCGAGGGUGCCAGGAGGACAGGGAGGUCAAGGGUGCCAGGAGGUCAAGGUGCCAGGAGGCCAAGGGGUGCCAGGAGGACGAGGGUGCCAGGAGGUCAAAGGUGCCAGGAGGUCAACAGGUGCCAGGAGGUCAACAGUGCCAGGAGGUCGGUGCCAGAAGGUCGAGGGUGCCAGGAGGACAGGGUGCCGGGAGGACGAGGAUGCCAGGAGGUCAAAGGUCCAGGAGGUCGAGGGUGCCAGGAGGUCAACGGUGCCAGAAGGUCGAGGGUGCCAGGAGGACGAGGGUGCCGGGAGACGAGGGUGCCAGGAGGUCAAAGGUGCCAGGAGGUCGAGGUGCCAGGAGGUCAACGGUGUCAGGAG